AAGAUGUGAAGGAGGGAGGACGCGUCCGAGCGACUCUCCGUGAAUUUGACACUCAAAUUGUAUAAAAACCACAUAUUGUGAGGAAAUUCGAGUUGAAAGGAGAACAUAAGUGAUUAUAGGCACACUAUGGCUUCGCGGGGCGGCAAAACUCCACAGCAGGGGAUAAAGGCGCACUUUACUCGGCAUAGUAAAACUACCACUACAAACAGUGGGACUAGCUUAGCCUCUCCAGCUAGUAGCUCUGUAGCUGCUAAAGAGGCUAAUGCUGGUAGCAUGACCGCAGCCAGCCUACCCCCAGAAAUGGAGAGCCUACACCGACUCAUGACCGCAUCAAUGGAGAAUAUAAUAGCUCCGCUGAAGAGGACCAUGGAUGAAGUGAAGAUAAUUGUGGAGGAUCAAGGCAAAAGGAUCGUCGACUUGGAAGAAAACGCAACGCAGCUAACUGAACGAGUCACCGCUCUUGAGGCUAUAUGUGAGCAGCUCUUGACCCAGAACGAGUCACUGAACGAACGCAUGGAAGACGCCUCUAACAGGUCUAGACGCUGCAACCUGCGCGUCACGAACGUACUACCGAGUCCUGGGGAAAGGAACGACUGUGUUCAAUUCAUGCAAAACUUUUUUGCCACAGUACUUGGGGACGUGUUCACCGAGCCACCCAUACUAGACAGAGCGCACAGGAUCGGACAAGAUGCGUGCACUACGGGCAGACAGGAGCCUGCUACAAUGGAAGGGACAGAAAAUUAUGCUCUAUCCAGAUUAUGCGCCAGCUACUGUGAAACUUCGUGCCACAUUCACCAAGGUAAAAGCUCAAAUGUGGAAGAAGAAUGUCCGAUUCCGCCUCGUCUUUCCAGCUGUUUUAAAGGUGGAAUUUAAAAACAAAACGCAUGCAUUCAAGACCGCUGAUGAAGCACAACGAUUCUAUGACCGGCGUAUAGCCAGACUCCCGGACAUGGAGAGAAACACAACUACCA